AUGGAUGGAGAAGAGAAAACCCAUGGUGGUCGUGAAGGCCCUGAUGCCGUGUAUGUCAAGUCGAUGUCUUCUGAUGGUCAUGAAUGUAUUGUAAAAAGAGAACAUGCACUAACCUCAGGAACAAUAAAAACCAUGGUGAGUAGCCCAGGUAAGUUUGCUGAAAAUGAAACUAAUGAGGUCCAUUUUAGAGAGAUCCCUUCACAUGUGCUAUCAAAAAUAUGCAUGUGUUUUACCUACAAGGUUCGCUACACUGACAGCUCCACUGGGAUUCCCGAGUUCCCAAUUGCACCUGAAAUUGCACUGGAACUGUUGAUGGCUUUGAACUUCCUAGAUUGUUAA